AUGACUAUUUUUACUAGAAAAUCCAGUUCCGACGGAGGAGGUAGUAUUUGUUAUCAUGUUGUAUGUAUUUUUGAUAAGUUUCAUCCGGAAGGAUUUUUCAAUUGUCCUUAUUUUAAUUCCGCAAUAGAUUUGAGUGAGAAACUGAAGCAACCUUCUUUGUCCUCAGAGCCGAUUGUGGUCAAUGUUUCCGGUCAUCUAAAAGAAAAGUGGAACGAAAGGGUCAAACAUUUGCAAUCGAAAAUUUCCAAUUCAAGUAAUCACAAAACGUCACCAUUCGUUUACGAAGGAUGCAACGAGAAGGACUACAAGUUUAUCGGCGGUUAUUCGGAUUUUGUUAGUUUCGUGAGAGCAAAGCAUCAACACCUAGACAUACCCAAGGACGAAAGCAAAGAACAUGGAAAGGAGUGUGAAGGCGGCGUUUGUAAAUUAUAA